AGUGACGAGGUCAGCUGACUGGUGUAGUUCAGCAGCUGCGCGGUGGUUGUCAGCUGACAGAUGUUGUCCGUCUCGGUUCGUGCGGCUGUGAAUCACAAACACCUGCUCGAUCAGAGCCGAUCGAGGCGAUGAGUGCUGGCACCCCGCGAUCACUGGCCUCGUCCGGGCAGAGAGCCCUCCAGGACAUCAGCCACCCUCUGUCCGCCGAGGAGAGCGCACUGAGCCGCAGCCCAGAUGUGCUGAACCCCAGCAGCGCUGGAGAGAGGGACCUGAUCCUGGCCAAUGGGACUCCAAUAGACACAUCAAGCCCCGCCUCCUCUUCAUCUCUGCUGAACCGACUACAGCUCGAUGACGAUCUGGACGGAGAAACACGAGAUCUGUUUGUGACUGUAGACGACCCCAAGAAACACGUGUCUACUAUGGAGACAUAUAUCACCUACAGAGUCUGCACAAAGACCACCAGAACAGAGUUUGACCUGCCUGAGUACUCUGUAAGACGGCGCUACCAGGACUUUGACUGGCUGAGGAACAAAUUAGAGGAAAGCCAACCCACCCAUCUUAUUCCACCGUUGCCUGAGAAGUUUGUGGUGAAGGGCGUUGUGGACCGCUUCUCAGAGGAGUUUGUGGAGACCAGGAGAAAGGCACUAGACAAGUUCCUCAAACGUGUAGCGGAUCAUCCGGUGCUCUCUUUCAAUGAACACUUCAAUGCCUUUCUCUCAGCAAAGGACUUGAAUAAGCGUCAAGGCCUGGCUCUGCUGACUAAAAUGGGUGAAUCUGUGAAGUAUGUGACGGUGGGUUAUAAACUGAGGGCACGGCCGUUGGAGUUUGCCGCCAUGGGCGAAUAUCUGGAUGUUUUCACACAGAAACUGGGCACCAUUGACAGGAUAGCACAGCGAAUCAUCAAAGAGCAAUCAGAGUUCCUGAUGGAGCUGAGAGAGUACGGGCCGGUGUACUCCUCCUGGUCAUCUUUUGAGGAGGACCUCCAUGACCCUCUGGAGGGGGUGUCGGGGUGCGUGUCCAACUGCUCCAGCGCUCUGGAGGAGCUGACGGAGGACAUGAGCGAAGACUUCCUCCCUGUGCUCAGAGAAUACGGCCUGUACAUCGAGUCCAUGAAGAAUGUGCUGAAGAAGAGAGACCAAGUUCAAGCUGAAUAUGAAACAAAGUUGGAGGCAGUCGUGUUCAGGGAGGACAAAAAGUCCCCGGUUUCCUCUGACGUGGAGAAGUGCCAGGACCGUGUGGAGUGUUUCAACGCUGACCUGAAGGCCGACUGGGACCGCUGGCAGAACAACAAGCGGCAGGACUUCAGACAGCUGCUGACCGGCAUGGCCGACAGAAACAUCCAGUACUACGAGAAGUGCCUUGCAGCGUGGGAGUCCCUCAUUCCUCUCUUACAGGACAAACAGGACACGAAAGGAGAAACGAACUGAGCGUGUGUUUGAGCCGUUCUCUCAGCUCGUGAUGCUGCGACUCCUCGGACCUGUCCUCCGCCAGCAGAGCUCUCACAGGACGGGACACUACAGGAGCGGAUGACCUCCAACCAUUCCUUUUUGUAAAGUGUCUUUAUUUGUUAAAGCCCAUCAAAUGCUUGUGUUUCGAUGCUGAUCCGUCCAAGGGAACAUAGAAAUCAGUGUUUUUUGGUUCACGAAGAGUCCCGCCGAAGGUUUGCCAACAUUCCUCUUGCCAAAGAUGUGGAACUGAAGUCUGAUAUCUCCUCUGCUUUUUUCCAACAUGGCCUCUGGCAUCACAAAAGCCUUGCACUCGCUCGUCAUACUCUAAACUCAGCUGCUGCGUUGAAAUGAUGGAUGUCUUCCCAGCCACACUUGACCUCGUUAAAUAUUUAUGACAGAAUAUGUGUCAUAAUGAUUUGUACUUGUCUUAAUGGGGCAGUGUAUGUGUUCGGGACAUCUAGUCGAGUGGAUUAAUGUGAGGUGAAUGUACUGUGGGACGCUUCCUGUGGAAUAAUGCAGAGCGGUUCAUCUCCAGUAAUAUACACACAAUCUGGUAAAUGUUUUUGGCAGCUGUUACAUCAUUCUGUGGUUAUACAGUACAAGACAGUAAUGCGUUACUCUUCAAAGGUUUGGGGUCAGUAAGUUUAUUGUUAAAUGAUUUUGAUAGAACUCUCUUCUGCUCACCAUUUGAUACAAAAAUAAAAACAGUAAUCUUGUGAGAUGUUAUGAUAAUUUUAAAUAAAUUCUGUUGUAAUUAAAAUGUCAUUUAUUCCUGUGAUCAAAGCAGAUUUUCCAGUCUUCAGUGUCACAUGAUCUUCAGAAAUAAUUCUGAUAUACCGAUUUGCUGCUCAAGAAACAUUUCUGAUUGAAGACAGGUUUUUAUUUUAUUGUUUUGGGAAACGUUAUUUUUCAGGAUUCUUUGAUGAAUAGAAGUUUUGAAAGAAUUGUCUUAGUAUCCAUUUCAUGUGUGUUUGCUGAAUAAAAGUAUUUGCUUAUAAAAGUCUGCCUGACCCCAGCUUUUGCACAGUAAUGUUUUGGAGUCAUGAAAGCCAAACCAACCAAAAUCUUUCUUUUCAACACUGCUGAUGCAAAGCGCUUCUGAACAUGUUUUUGGGUGAUUCUCACUAAAACUGUAGAAAUGCCUGGGCUUUGUUUCUGCCACUAAUCACAACAAUACUUAUCAUGAAGUACGCAUCGUAUACCUGAGUGCCGCGCGCUAUUUCGCUCAGUUUUCAUUUCCUUCAGGAAAGCGAAUCAUCUGUGCCCUAGUAAUCAUCUCGCGUUCUCAGUGGUUAUUUUUCCGAGCAGUGUUAACUCCUCUUUGUGGGCGCAAUGAAUUUUCGGAAAUGUAAGGAACCGUGUACCAGGUUCAUCACGAAGGGAGAUUCCAAUGAAAGGUGCGUAGUGUGCUUUCUUCUUGCCCCCACUGUGAUGGCUGUGGCUUAGAUUACUGCGCUUGAGGGUAGAAGUGUUUUCUAAUGUCGCCCCGCGUCUAACCCCCGCCAUGUCACUUCUGCGGCUGCCGAGGCACCGCAUGAGACAAUGGCUUGGGGAGACACGUGCUACUUGGAUUAUGAGGACAGCGCUGCGCUGGAAUUUUCUCCAUAACGCUCGUUCUCCCCUACCCUAGUGCACGAAAAGAGCUUUGUCGAACCAGUCGUUUUCUCAAACGAGAUUUACAGCCCACCCCGGAGGCAUAUAAUGCUAUCUGCUUCGGUUAUGGACGUUACGACGACGACAUCUUAUCCUCGGGGUCUGAGGACAGGAGAAGCGCGUUUCCCACUCCUACAGCGAGCUGUUGGAUGUGGUGUCUCGCACGGUGGGUAAACUGGGACUGGAUUGGGAGGUUGAGAAGGCCGAGGCCCAACCUUCAUCUAAGCUGGACGACCGUUUCCUAACUAGUCGUACACCUGUGCAGCCCCGAAGGCCCUUGCCUUUCUUCCCGGACCUCCACCAGGAGGUUUUGAGGUCCUGGAAACAGCCGUACUCGGCACGCAUCACUAACGCCGUCUGGAUUACUUCAUAUGCACCCUUUUCAGUGGUGGACGAAAAGUCAGAACAUUUCACCCCGUUGUCUUCUGCAUUGGACAAUUUCGGUGACACAGAGUUGUGUUAUGUCAAUAAAACAAUGGAUGUCAACCGAAUUCCUUCUAGCCGUAGUUUGGCUGGGGAUUUGUGCUUCCCGAUAGACUGUCACGACGGACGCGUCUUUGACCGGUUGGGGAGCUGUUUGUCAAGGGCGCCAGGUCACGGAGUGUGGACGGCGACACAACGCAGUUGGCAUAUAAGCAGGUUGGAAUUACUGGCAGUUUUUCUAGCUCUCCAGUAUUUCUCAAAUCUGCUGAUUGGCCGUCAUGUACUGCUCAGGUCAGACAACAUAGCGGUUGUGUCAUAUCUGAAUCAUCAAGGAGGAUUACGCUCUCGCCCCCUGUGCAGGAUGGCAAAAAAUAUUCUUCUUUGGUCUCAGAACAGAUUUCUGUCGAUCCGAGCGGUUCAUGUCCCCGGACGUUUGAACUUCGGAGUGGAUUUGCUAUCCAGACAGACUCUGGAACAGGGGGAAUGGUUGCAUCCCCAAACGGUGAGCCUAUAAUGGCAGAUCUUUGGAGAAGCAAGAGUGGACUUAUUCGUGUCGAGCAUGACUACGCAUUGCCCGCUGUGGUUCUCCCUAUGCCCUCCACCGUUUGAGCCCUUGGAAACUAUACCGGAUAAAAUCCUGACUCUAAAGACAGUUCUUCUUGUGGCUUUAUCCUCCCUCAAGAGAGUUUGGGAUUUACAGGCUUUUUCUGUUUCACCCUCGUGCAUGGAAUUUGCACCAGACUCUGUGAAGGUAUUGCUGCGACCAAGGCCUAAUUACGGCCCUAGGGUUGCUUCUAACCCUUUCCGCUUUCUACAAGUGGUCUUGGAGGCUUUACCCCCAGCAGAGGCGGGGUCAGGAGAUCUGAGUCUUUAACCUGUCAGAGCGCUAAAGACUUAUGUUGAUCGAACAGCCCCAUGGCGUGAGUCUGACCAGCUGUUUGUCUGUUUCGGACACAAGAAUAAAGGCCGUUCCAUACCUUGAUAGCAUUCUUCUUCUUCAGUUCAUGAAAUCUGAGCGAAAUAGCGCGCGACACUCAGGUAUACGAUGCGUACGCAUGCAUGGGGUGGUGCCAAGCGCUAUUUGGCCAAUAGGAUUGGUGGGAUGGUAUAGGGCUUCAGACAUUCGUCACACCGAGAGGUGUUCCCAUACGGUGAUGUCACCGCAGCAUCUCGUUCCCUAUUCAGGGAACAGUGGUUACAUACGUAACCAAGAUGUUUUUUUUUUUUUUUAUUGUUGUUAUUUGCGUUGGGACUUUAUAUAUUUCUUUGUAUGUAUAUAUCAUUGUUAUGUUUAUUUAAUAUAAUUUUUUUAUUUGUACAAAUUACAUUAUAUUUCUGCCCUUUUGUUUUUUCAGUAAUAUGUUGCUUGAGGAAAUAGUUAAAUUGCUUUAUCACAGAAAUCAAAGCUGGUCCUGAAAAUUAGGCUUCAUUUUCUGUUUCUCCCCCUAAUUAAUCACCGAAAAAGGAGAAUAAAAACAAAAUCAAUUUACUGUUACACA